GGAAGAGGGCUGGUGUGUUCGAUUCUACCGUAAGGAGUAAGGAGAUAUAGAUUUAUAAUCUAGAUCUAAAUAGUAGUUAUAUUACUUCCAGUAACACUUGUUUUGGUGUGACAAUUCAACACAACUUAUGAUGGCCGAUGAGGAUGUUGCUGCUCUUGUUGUGGACAAUGGAUCUGGCAUGUGCAAAGCUGGAUUUGCAGGGGACGAUGCUCCACGUGCUGUGUUUCCGUCCAUUGUUGGACGACCUCGUCAUCAGGGUGUGAUGGUUGGUAUGGGCCAGAAGGACAGCUACGUUGGAGACGAGGCUCAGUCCAAGAGAGGUAUCCUCACUCUCAAGUACCCCAUUGAGCACGGUAUUGUCACCAACUGGGAUGACAUGGAGAAGAUCUGGCACCACACCUUCUACAAUGAGCUGCGUGUUGCCCCUGAAGAGCACCCUGUCCUUCUUACAGAGGCUCCCCUCAACCCCAAAGCCAACAGAGAGAAGAUGACACAGAUUAUGUUCGAAACUUUCAACUCACCAGCCAUGUACGUGGCUAUUCAGGCUGUCCUGUCCCUGUACGCUUCUGGUCGUACCACAGGUAUUGUGUUGGACUCUGGUGAUGGUGUCACCCACACUGUCCCCAUCUACGAGGGUUAUGCCCUUCCCCAUGCCAUCAUGAGACUGGACCUCGCUGGCCGUGAUCUCACCGACUACCUCAUGAAGAUACUGACUGAGAGGGGUUACAGCUUCACAACAACUGCUGAGAGAGAAAUUGUGCGGGACAUCAAGGAGAAGCUGUGCUACGUCGCCCUUGACUUCGAACAAGAAAUGGGUACUGCUGCUUCGUCUUCAACUCUAGAAAAGAGUUAUGAAUUACCUGAUGGACAGGUAAUUACCAUUGGCAAUGAGAGGUUUCGUACGUCCGAGGCUAUGUUUCAACCAUCCUUCCUAGGUAUGGAAUCUGCAGGUGUCCACGAGACCACGUACAACUCCAUCAUGAAGUGCGACGUGGACAUCCGUAAGGACCUCUACGCCAACACUGUCCUCUCAGGAGGAUCCACCAUGUAUCCUGGCAUUGCUGACCGAAUGCAAAAAGAGAUCACAGCUCUCGCUCCAAGCACAAUGAAAAUCAAAAUCAUAGCACCACCGGAGCGGAAGUAUUCUGUCUGGAUUGGAGGUUCUAUCUUGGCGUCUUUGUCCACUUUUCAGCAGAUGUGGAUCUCGAAACAAGAGUACGAUGAGUCGGGCCCGGCCAUUGUGCACAGGAAAUGUUUUUAACUGUAAACAGUACUCAGUCUGUUCCUGUUUUGCACUUACCAUAACAGUUUUCUUUAUUUCUGCCAUGUAUUUGACUUUUGUGCACUGUUGUUUUAGGUUCCUUUACUUUAUGUGAUCUUUCAGAAGCUUCUCGUUUCAAGUUUUCAACCACAAUGUUUGUAUCUUUAUAGUGUAUAAUGUGCAGGCUUUUGGCUUUUCCAUGUCGGUUUUGUAUCAUUCUUCCAUUUGAGUUCCAGGGGUUUCUCUUAUGCCCAUUUCGUUGUGAUAAUUUUUAAAAAAUUAAAUUUUGUUUGUGUUUU